AUGGCUGAUUCGGCGAAAGCGGAUUUCCUGCAAGGGGAGUUUGACGACGCCAUAUUCUCCAUGACAGACUUUGAGAGCAUCACGUUCGACGCCAUGGGCGACAUGGGCCUGGCAGACGACGGUCUCGCCGCCAUGAGCGCCGCAUUGAACGGACUGUCCGCCACGAACGCCGGUCCUGCUACAAACGCGGGGACGUCCGGCGGCGGGGGUGUCCCUGUGCUGCCAGACGCCGUCCACGCGCCCAGCCAGCACGAGCUGUGCAACGACGACGUGGUCUUUAAGUCUUAUGUGCAUGGCACCGAGGCUCGCGUUGGCCUUCAACCCCUGCCUGCUGGUACUGCUGGUGCUGCUGCUGCUGGUGAUGGUGCAGGUGCUGGUGCUGUCGGUGCUGGUUUGGUGGCAGGUUUGGUGGCAGGUGCAGGAACCUGUAACGCAGGUGGUGGUAACACAUGCUCUGGUAUGUGUGUGCCUGGGAGGGAGAACAAGGGUGAGACGCUUGAGGGGAGGACUACAGGAGAGGUGAAACCGAGAACUCCAACCGCUAAGUCAAAUCUAAAACGGGUCUUUGAGCCAGCCUAUAUGGAGGACGGAGAUGGGGCUGGGUUUGAAGGUGGUAAUACCAUGAGUGCCGGUAACCACAUGAAUGUUACAGAAUCAGGGGAGCAGCAAGGGGGUAGGGUAGAAGGAGUGCGCAUGGCAGGCGCUGCUGCUGCCACGUCAUCACCUCAAGGCCUGCCCCCGCCCUUUGUCUUUCCCCCCGGCAUGCUCCCUGGAAACGCCACUGGCGCUGCGUUGCCUCGCCCCCUUUCAGUGGGGAGCGUGGGAAGCAUGGGGGGAAUUGGGGGCAUGGGGACCAUGGGGGGGAUGGGAGCCAUGGGGGGGAUGGGGGGCAUGGGGGCGGGGAUUGUGGGCGCUGGUGUUUCGUCUCUCCCUGGUUUACCGGCGCUUCCAGUUGGCAUUGCACGCCCUUCUAGAACAGCUGCAGUUGCAGGCAGAAUUGCUGGUGCUGCUGAUGGUGGUGGUGUUGCUUUGCCCGGCCCAUCGUCCAGAGCUGUGGGUUCAGGGUCGGGGGGAGUGGGAGGACUGGGUAGGGCUGUGCCUGCCUCCCCCUCUGUUGCAUCUGUGCCUGCUGCUACCGGCACUUCUGCUGCCAGUGCUGCUGCUGCUGCUGCCAUGGCUGCUUCUGCGUCUGCUGCUUCUGCUGCUGCUGCAGCGGCUGCCGCUUCCGGCCCGUAUGCUAAGAUGCGCCGAGUUGCCUCUGCUGGACAGCUGUCGCAUUCCCAUUGGCCGGCUCCAGCAGCAGGCGGGCAUAUGGAUGGGCACGCGCACAUGUGGCAGAGACUUGGGGCGGAGAUGGGGGAAUGGGGGGCGGGAGGGGGAGGGAUAGGGGGGGCAGCGGGGGGAGCUACUCAAUCUGCCGGUUUUACCACUCCUGGUGCUGCUGCGCCGGCAAGGCAGGGCACAGCAGCAGCAGGGACAGGGCGGGUAGCAGGGGCUGUGGCAGGGAUGGCUAACGGGUGUGUGGGGGGGACUCAUAGUGGAGAGGGGAGCACAGGGGAGCAAGGGGAGGAGGCACAGGGCCGAGGGGCAGAGAGAUUGAGGGGGGCAGGCGAUGUAAGAAGUCCAGGCAAGGCAGGAGGAGGGGCAGGAGCCGGGAGGGACGGAGCAGGACGAGGAGGUACAACCGGUGCUGGGGGCUCAGGGAAAGGGGCCGAUGGGGCAGAGAGCUCUCGUCGUGUUGCAGGGAACCCAAUCAUGCAUGUGGGCAGCCAUGGCGAUGGGGAUGGGGAUGGUAACCACAGCAAUGGCGAAAGUGGCGAAGGGGAAACUGGUGAUGGCGAGGAUGGUGAGGAGGAUGAGCUGAAACCCCUCCCAUCCCCCAUCCUGCGUGCCCGAAGGGCUAUGGGCAUGGGGGCUGGCAUGGGCGCAGGCAUGGGCAUGGGCAUGCACAUGAGCAUGGGUAUGGGGAUGAGCAUGCAGAGGAGCUUUAGCAGCCAUGCGUUGGGGCAGCUGCAAAUGCAGCAUUUGCCCGGCCUCCCGCCGCUCCCCCCAGCAGCAGCAGCGGCGCAUCUGGCAGGGCAGCACAUGCCUGUGGGCAUGGAGGGGGGGGUCAUGGGCAUGGGCGAGGGGUUAGUUGCAGGAGGGGGAGGGUCAGGUGGGAUGAAGGGCGGGAUGGGGGGGAUGGGAUCGCAAGGUGCCUCUACGGGUGGUGGUGGUUCUGGUUCCGGUGGUGUGACUGCUGCUGCAGCAGGCUCGUAUGUUACUGGUGCUGCCAGUGCUAGUGCUGCUGCUGCCGCUGCUGCUGGUGGUGGCACUGUUGGUGCUGCUGGCAUGAGUGUGGUAGGGGAGGGUAUGAUGACAGAGGCAGCAGGAGCAGGGAUGUCAGCAGCAGCAGCAGCAGCAACCACAGCAGCAGCAGCAGCAGCAGCAGCAGGCUUGACAGGAGGAUUUGGGGGGGGGCAUUUCGCAGGCGUGGGGGGAGGCAUGAGCGGCAUAGCAGGGAUGGGAGGCAGCAUGGGGGCUCCGAUGCUGCCGUCGUUUAGCAGCAUGAGACGAGCGCACAGCACAGGAGAUAUUCAGUCCCUGGCUGCAAUGCGCUCUCUAGCCAUGGGCUUCGGCCACCUCGCAGCCCCACCUGGAGCAGCAGGAAUGAGUCCCUUUGAUGACCGUACCGGCAUGGGACUGGGCAUGGGCAUGGGUAUUGCGGGUAUGGGGGGUAUGGCAAUGGGCAUGGGGGCCAUGGGCAUGGGCAUGGGAGCGGGCAUGGGCAUGGGAAUGGGGAUGGGGGUGUUUCGAAUCGGACGGUAUACGUUGGAGGAGCGGCGGCUGCGGAUCAUGAAGUACCGGCAGAAGAGACACGAGAGGAACUUCACCAAGAAGAUCAAGUAUGCGUGUCGUAAGAACCUGGCGGACAGUCGGCCGCGCGUGAGAGGGAGAUUCGCUCGCAACGACGAGAUUGAGGAGACCAUGGCGCUCACACCGUUCGGCAACGAUCCGCUGUUUAACUCGCUUCUCCGGCUGUCGCACAUCCCAGACGAGUUCAGCACUCUCUUCGACGCUCCGACAUCAAGAUUCGUGAGAGACAGCAACGCAAUGGCGUCUACAGCCGUUGACGUGAAAGAGACUCCCGAGGCUUUCAAAUUCAUCGCGGAUCUCCCGGGCCUGAAGAAGGACGAGGUGAAGGUUCAGAUCGAAGAUAAGAAUUUGCUGACUAUCAGCGGCGAGCGGACCCGGGAAGUUAAGGAAGAGACGGAGAAGUAUCACCGUGUGGAGCGGAGCACUGGCAAGUUUCUGAGGCGAUUCCGUCUUCCUGAUAACGUGGAAGUGGAUAAGAUCGCGGCGACCUCGGAGAAUGGUGUUCUCACCGUGACUGUCCCGAAGUUCAAGCCUCCAGAGCCGAAGAAGCCGGCUAUUGUAGAUAUUCCCAUCAACUAG